CCGACGAGAACCUGCCCGGCCGGCCGCGCCAUGCCUGCCGCGCCCAGCAGCCCGGCCCGCCGGGAGGGAUGCGCUGUGCCGCCCAGCUCCGCUCCGCCCGGCCCUUGCCCUGAAGCAGAAAGUUUGGGGGCUGGGGGCUAUCUCCUCCCGCUCCAAUGACUGCCCAAGGACUCCUGCUGCCCAGCCUCGAUUGUGACCUGUCUUCGCUCCCCAGGUCGUAAUGAACUAUUGCAAGCUGUAACCAAGGCUCCCCUUCCUCUCCCCUCUCUCACCCUCCUUUAAAAAGGUUUAUUGUUUUAAUUCAAGAAAUUGUGAUCCGCCGACUCCCCUCCUCGUUAAUAAUUUAGACCCCAAGCCUCGUUUCUGAGUGUAAGAGGGGGUGCGGUCUCCCCCAAGAAGGCGCGCUGGAAGGACAGAUUCCCCUUGCCGACCCACAUACACCAUGAAGAGGUGCAAAUCGGACGAGCUGCAGCAACAACAGGGUGAGGAGGAUGGAGCUGGGCUGGAAGAUGCAGCUUGCCACCUGCCGGGCGCGGACCUCCGGCCUGGGGAGGCCACGGGUGCUAACUCUGCUGGCGGGCCAACUUCGGAUGCGGGCGCUGCCGCGGCGCCCAACCCGGGUCCCCGAAGCAAGCCUCCCGAUUUAAAGAAAAUCCAGCAGCUCUCAGAGGGCUCCAUGUUUGGCCACGGCUUCAAGCACCUGUUCCACGGCCGCCGCCGGUCACGGGAGAGGGAGCAUCAGACGUCUCAGGAUUCCCAGCAGCAGCAUCAGCAGGGCAUGUCCGACCAUGACUCCCCGGACGAGAAGGAGCGCUCCCCGGAGAUGCACCGCGUCUCCUACGCCAUGUCCCUGCACGACCUGCCCGCCAGGCCCACUGCCUUCAACCGCGUGCUGCAGCAGAUCCGCUCCCGGCCCUCCAUCAAGCGGGGUGCUAGCCUGCACAGCAGCAGUGGGAGUGGCGGCAGCGGGGGCAGUAGCCGGCGCACCAAGAGCAGCUCCCUGGAGCCUCAGCGUGGCAGCCCCCACCUGCUGCGCAAGACACCCCAGGACAGCAGCCUGGCCGCCAUCCUGCACCAGCACCAGUGCCGCCCCCGGUCUUCUUCCACCACUGACACGGCCCUGCUGCUGGCUGACGGUGGCAACCUCUUGGCCGAGGAGGCGGAGGGUCUCAGCGACAAGGUCGACAAGGGGGACCUCGUGGCCCUGAGCCUCCCUGGCGGCCCUGGCCAUGGUGACACCGAUGGCCCCAUCAGCCUGGACGUGCCGGACGGGGCCCCGGACCCCCAGCGGACCAAGGCCGCCAUCGACCACCUGCACCAGAAGAUCCUGAAGAUCACAGAACAGAUCAAGAUCGAGCAGGAGGCGCGGGACGACAAUGUGGCGGAGUACCUGAAGCUCGCCAACAACGCCGACAAGCAGCAGGUGUCCCGCAUCAAGCAGGUGUUCGAGAAGAAGAACCAGAAGUCGGCCCAGACCAUCGCCCAGCUGCACAAGAAGCUGGAGCACUACCGCCGGCGCCUGAAGGAGAUCGAGCAGAACGGGCCUUCGCGGCAGCCCAAGGAUGUGCUGCGGGACAUGCAGCAGGGCCUGAAGGACGUGGGCGCCAACAUGCGCGCCGGCAUCAGCGGCUUUGGGGGUGGCGUGGUGGAGGGCGUGAAGGGCAGCCUCUCGGGCCUCUCACAGGCCACCCACACCGCCGUGGUGUCCAAGCCCCGGGAGUUCGCCAGCCUCAUCCGGAACAAGUUUGGCAGCGCUGACAACAUCGCCCACCUGAAGGACCCUCUGGACGACGGGCCCCCCGAGGAGGCGGCCCGGGCGCUGAGCGGCAGUGCCACGCUCGUGUCCAGCCCCAAGUACGGCAGCGACGAUGAGUGCUCCAGCGCCAGCGCCAGCUCGGCCGGGGCGGGCAGCAACUCGGGGGCCGGGCCCGCUGCGGCGCUGGGGAGCCCCAAGUCAAACAUGCUGUACGGAGCCCCCGGAAACCUGGAUGCUGUGCUGGAAGAGCUGCGGGAGAUCAAGGAGGGCCAGUCCCACCUGGAGGACUCGAUGGAGGACCUGAAGGCUCAGCUGCAGAGGGACUACACCUACAUGACCCAGUGCCUGCAGGAGGAGCGCUACAGGUAUGAGCGGCUGGAGGAGCAGCUCAACGACCUGACCGAGCUUCACCAGAAUGAGAUGACCAACCUGAAGCAGGAGCUGGCCAGCAUGGAGGAGAAGGUGGCCUACCAGUCCUACGAAAGGGCCCGGGACAUCCAGGAGGCUGUGGAGUCUUGCCUGACCCGGGUCACCAAGCUGGAGCUGCAGCAGCAACAGCAACAGGUGGUGCAGCUGGAGGGCGUGGAGAACGCCAACGCACGGGCGCUGCUGGGCAAGUUCAUCAACGUGAUCCUGGCGCUCAUGGCCGUGCUGCUGGUGUUCGUGUCCACUCUCGCCAACUUCAUCACACCCCUCAUGAAGACCCGCCUGCGCAUCACCAGCACCGCCCUCCUGGUCCUCGUCCUCUUCCUCCUCUGGAAGCACUGGGACUCCCUCACCUACCUCCUGCAGCACGUGCUACUGCCCAGCUGAGCGGCCGGCCUGUCCCGACCCCGUGCUCUCCCCAGCCCCCCGCUGGCCAUGCUUCUCCGGGGGGACCCUGGGACUCCCGAGUCCUUGGACUUCUUCAUAUGUCCAGUUUGGGCUUCCUGCCCAAACUGUCCAUUCCAGCAACUUCUGCCCCCUUCUCUGUCCUUGCUUCUUCUGUCCAGUGCCUCCUCCCUGUU